UUGGUCAAUCAAAUCCAUACAUGGAGAUGAACAAAUACAAUUCACCCAGUUAAGUAUAACGCAAAUUAAAUACUAGAACAGAACAAAUCCAAUUUGCAAACAAAGAAAGGAGAGAGAGAGAUGGGAAUUCUAAGCGCAAUGAUGGGUCAGAAAAAUGUCAAUAACAACACCACCAACAUGUCAUCUUUCUUGAUCCCUGCUCCUCUUGAAGCUCAGAAAAUCAAAGCUGAUUGCGCUCGAGAGGCAACCGUAGCUGGAUUUAAAGCUGCAGUUAUGGCUUCUGUUGUUGCCAGUGCUACUGUGCUAACUGCUUGUCGAUUCAACCCAUGGGCAAAGGCCAACCUUAAUUAUAGUGCUCAAGCACUCCUUAUAUCUGCAGCAACUAUCAGUUCUUACUUCAUUACUGCUGACAAAACUAUUCUGGAAUGUGCUACAAGACAUGCAAAAUAUGACACUUCCAAAUAUAAUGAAUAGAAGAACUUCAGUUGCAGAAUGCAAUCAGAUUCUCCAUGUGAAAAAAUACUGGACAAAGUUAUCUGAUUAGCAUGCUUGUGAAUUGAGAUGGCGCUACUGUCAAACCAAAAGUUUAUUGUGGUGGACAAAAUUGGUUUCCCAGUUCCAGUUUUCGUUGUAAAGUCUUAUAUGGAAGAUAGUUUUUGAUGUUAUGUUUGUAGGUUCGCCUAUUGUGUUGCUGGGAUGGCUAAUGUACACAAUUGACAAUAAUUAUUCUGCAUAACGCAUUAAAAUGCAAUUUCUCCUGAAAACU